CAAGAUUACAAAAAGGACGGCUUGUAUCUAGGUCUUAGCCAGAUUGUUUGUUCUCUGUUAUUUUUCAGAAAACCAGGAUUUGAAAAAUCAUGGCUGCGAAGCCCAAACUUUAUUACUUCGAUGGAAGAGGCAGAAUGGAAUCAGUGCGCUGGCUUUUGGCAGCUGCUGGUGUAGAGUAUGAAGAACAGCUUUUUGAAACAGCUGAAGAAUUUGAGAAUUUAAUUAAAGGUGGAAAAUUAAUGUAUCAACGAGUGCCUAUGGUUGAAAUUGAUGGAAUGAAGAUGGUAGAAACCAGAGCCAUCCUAAGAUAUAUAGCUGCAAAAUACAACUUAUAUGGGAAGGACCUGAAGGAGCAAGUCCUUAUUGACAUGUAUGUGGAAGGAAUGAGAGAUCUAUAUGACAUAAUUAUGUUCCUCCCAUUGUCUUUGCCUGAAGAGAAGGAGGAAAAUAUCAGCUACAUUGUCAAGAAAGCCACUGACAGAUUCCUACCAGUGUAUGAGAAGGUAUUAAAAGACCAUGGGAAAAAUUACCUUGUUGGAAACCAGCUGAGCUGGGCAGAUAUACAUUUAUUUGAAUUAAUCUUAAUGAUUGAAGAAUGCAAAUCUGAUGUUCUCUUGACAUUCCCUAAACUACAGGAGUUCAAAACCAGAGUCAGCAAACUUCCCAGGAUUCAGAAAUUCCUUCAGCCUGGCAGUCAAAGAAAGCCUCCAAUGGAUGAUGCAGGUCUUGAAGUUGCAAAGAACAUAUUCAAGUUGGCAAAAGGCAUGUUUGUUAAACAUGGGACUACCAUAAUAGGUGAAUUGUAGUCAGGGCCACCAAAAAACUAGGAUGUGCUCCUGCACCAUUCCUACGUUCAAUAGCUAGUAAAUAUGAUGCCUUCCUAUAGAGCUUGUUAUAAAUCAGAAAAUGUAAUUUUUACAUUACUUAUUAUAAGCCCCGGAGUUUGAAUUUUGAUUCCUUGUUUUCAAAUUCAACCCCUUUUCAACUAUUAUACUGUUUCUUCUCCAAUUAAUCUCAUUUUUUCUGGAAAGUGGAAACUUUUGGAAUAAAACUGAAAGUCAUAUAAAAAGAUGAUCAUAAAGAUUUCUUUAAGAAAAACAAAACAAAACAAAACAAAACCCUACUAGAUGCUGUAUUAAAUUCCUUUUAGAUGCAAAUCUUUUGCACCUGGCCUAAUAUUCUUUAAGAUCCUUAACAAAAAAAGUAAUGUUCAGUUAUCUUUACUCCACGGAAUUUAGGCAGGAAAGCAAUCUGCCAAAGAUUUUCAAAAUGAAAAAAAAAAAACAGAAAAAAAUGCUUAUUUCUCAGUUAAACAAAUUUAAUUAAAUAAAAUACCCUAUUUCUUUCUCCUCA